AGCUGAUGCACUCCUUUGUGGACUCGAUCAACUGCUCAUGCGCAAACUUUUCAAAACACCGAAAGGAGACAAACAAUGCCUUAUCGAGUUUGCAGUGGCUUCGGUUUAAUCUCAGUGUGACUGCUCAGUGAGCGACCAGAGGAUGGACAACGCUACCGUGUCAGCCUCGGAUGGGACAACUGAGUGUCCCCUGGUUUCUGAGGACAUGGAGGGAAUCUGCGUAAUGCCAGACUUAGCUGCCAUCAAGACUGAGCAGUCGGUGGGUGCGAGCCCAGAUGACACGGGCACCCAAAAUGUGGCCAUGGGCAUCAAGUUUAUCCUGCCCAACCGCUUUGACAUGAAUGUUUGCUCAAGAUUUGUCAAGUCGCUCAACGAGGAAGACAGCAAGAACAUCCAGGACCAGGUGAACUCUGAUCUGGAGGUGGCUUCUGUUUUAUUCAAAGCUGAGUGCAAUAUCCAGACCUCACCCUCCCCUGGGAUACAAGUGCGCCAUGUUUACACACCAUCCACCACCAAACAUUUCUCCCCCAUCAAACAGUCCACCACGCUCACCAAUAAACACCGUGGGAAUGAGGUUUCUUCCACACCUCUUCUGGUGCAUUCUCUGUCCAUUCAUCAGCUGGCAGCUCAAGGGGAAAUGGUGUUUCUGGCCAGCAGGAUUGAACAAGAAACUGUGAUCAAUCUCCAAGAUGAAGAAGGCUUUACCCCCCUGAUGUGGGCAGCAGCACAUGGACAAAUUGCUGUUGUCGAGUUUCUGCUCCAAAAUGGUGCUGACCCCAACCUCCUGGCCAAAGGGAGGGAAAGCGCGUUGUCCUUGGCCUGCAGUAAGGGAUACACUGAUAUUGUGAAGAUGCUCAUCGACUGUGGUGUUGAUGUCAACGAAUAUGACUGGAAUGGAGGAGCCCCUCUGCUGUAUGCUGUCCAUGGGAACCAUGUGCGUUGUGUGGAAAUCCUGUUAGAGAGCGGUGCUGAUCCUACCAUAGAGUCUGAUUCUGGAUUCAACGCAAUGGACAUGGCCGUGGCGAUGGGCCACAGGAAUGUUCAACAGGUGAUGGAGGCACACUUACUGAAAUUACUGAUGGGAAUCAGAGAAUGAACUGUGACACUUGAGGAAAACAAAUACUUGGGGGACAUCAUUGGGUUCUGGACAAUCAUGUAGCACGCUCAAGCUGUCAGGCAACAGGAGUAGUUUCUUUUUUCCAUUAUGUGAUAUUUCAGCAGCAUUGCAUCACAUCAACACCAUUUUGUGGGCAUGAUGCACAUGAAGGUUUGCGCUGUGUGGAUAUUCCAUUUUACCCUUCUUUCUAACUAUUUUGCUCUGCACUUUUUCACACUGAAUGUGGAGAAGCGACUUUCAUCAGGAUACAGUGAUAUUUCAAAAAAUCCAAAAGGUAAAGUUGAGUACUUCACUACAACCUGUAGAAUGGCUGCCGAAUUAGCAGCGCAGUGCAGGCGCCAUUUUUUUCUUUAGCUAAGCUUGGAAGAUCUGCUUUGACUUCCUUACAGUAUUGGAUAUUUCUUCACAUGCAGUCGUCAGCCAUCCUUUUCCUAUCAGUGCAAGUGUUUGUUUUUUUUUUUGUUUUUUUUAACUAACUUAUUAACCAUAAUAAUGAACCGUUUUUAAGAGUAUCAGAAUUUUAUUGUAAUACGUUGAAGUAGUUCAUGUUUGUCUGGUUUUCAUAGUGAGCUCAUUUCUGAGGCUCAUUUUUCUUCCCUGGAGAAUACAGUGGGUGGACUGAAAAUACGUUCUUACGGACUGGAAUGCACGUAGCACAGACUCUGUGCUUUUUUUGAAGCUGCCAAGCUUUUUGUUGACUGAAGAUCCUUGUGUUGGUUGUACUCGGUUUAUUUAUUGGAAUAAUUUAGGCAGUGUGUUGUAAUGUGAUAAAAUUCUCACAUUGAUGUAACUCAGUUUUGUUUAUCUGUAUAGUGAUACAAAUGUCCAGAUGUGUUGUUAAUUUUUAUAAGACCUCACACCUCAUUUAAAUGUCCCGCAAGAUUACUGUGGUGCUGUUUGCCACUGUAUGACGGUGCUUGUGUUUUAUAGCAGUCAUAAUAAGUGGUGUAUCAAGAAAUAACUUGUAUUGACCUCAGUUUCAGCCAUCACUCUGUACAGAUAUUUAUCUGAUUCCAAGUCAAAAUGGUCAAAGCACUGUUUAUAAUCACAGAAAUGAAGCUGUUAUUUAAUUAAAAGAUCUUUUUAAACUGUAUACAACAGAGUCAGUCAUGGGG